AUGAGAGUGAAUGAUUCAGUAUAGACUCGGUUAUAGACUCAUUAAUACUAUAUUCUGCGACAACGUUGUGUUUUCUUGAAGGACUCAAGAAUUGCAAGCUCUUUUAAAGUGUUAAUUAUUUGAAAAAAUGCCUCGACGUGGUCGAUCAGCAAGUCCGCCUCCAGCUCCUCAGCGAAGAGCUGCGCCGCCGCCAUCUAGAAAUGUACCAGCUCAGGCUCCUCCAUCCAGCCCUGCUCCCAUGGCAGCGGCUCAGCCGCAGCAGCCUUCGCUUUUCGGUCAAAUGGCAGCAACUGCCGGCGGUGUCGCCGUUGGUUCAGCAGUGGGCCAUGUAGCCGGUAGUGCUCUGACGGGUAUGUUCAGCGGAGGUAGCAGUGAACCCGCUCAACAACAACAAGCUCAGCCGGCUCAAGCCACAUACAGCCAGUACCAGAACCAACAGCCGCAAGGCCCAUGCGCCUGGGAGAUCAAGCAGUUCAUUGAAUGCGCCCAACAACAGCACGACCUCUCGCUCUGUGAAGGAUUCAAUGAAGCCCUCCGUCAAUGCAAACUGAAUAACCACAUUUAAAUCAAUCAAAGGUGUCCAAGAUGCUAUUCGUUUUUCAAAGAUAUUUAUUCCUUCUCAAGACCUGCGCAUGCAAAUUCAUCAGAUUGAAGACCCAUGCUAAAGUACAGAUGUUUCAAAUCACAUCUAAUCUGCGACACCUUCCUAGUUAUUAUUAUACAUAAUUUUGUUACUUUAUGUAGAAAUAAAUUUUAGUAAAUAUAUUAAUUUUUUUUGAAAUGACGUAGACAUACCAUAUUCAAUUUAUUUUAUAAUAGUUAUUAAAAAGUUAUCAAUAAAAUACAAUAGAAAACCAAAAA